AGUAGAAUCAAAACCACCAACACACACACAAAAGAUCCGCACCGUAUUCUUCCCACACCCGAUUAGAUCUCCUAAUAUUAUCCAUCCAAAUCCAACCGUCCGAUCUGCCGGAAAUGUCGGAUCCCGCCAUUAAGCUCUUCGGUAAGACCAUUCAGCUGCCGGAUGACGCUGAUGUUGACGCCGUUAACACCGAAGAUCCGCCGCCGUCGGAUGAUGAUGAUGACUGCAAAUCGUACGGUGAUUGUAAGGGCCAGCCUGACGAGAAACCCGUUGAUAAAGAAGAGGAAAUAACCCAUUCCUCAAUUUCUGAAGACGUUACCGAGCCAAACGCAUCUUCAACAUUAAAUGAGAACCCUACCACAACACUUUCCGCUGAAAACGAAUCUGCUACUGCAAAAGUAUCAAAAUCAGAGGAAGAACAAAGUGAACAGGAAAAGACGUUAAAAAAGCCAGACAAAAUACUUCCGUGUCCUCGAUGUAACAGCAUGGAUACGAAAUUUUGUUACUACAACAAUUACAACGUUAAUCAACCUCGACACUUUUGCAAGAACUGUCAAAGAUACUGGACAGCUGGCGGGACAAUGAGGAAUGUUCCUGUUGGUGCGGGCCGUCGUAAGAAUAAAACUUCACAGUCUCAGUACCGUCAAAUAACGGUCACCGAACCUGUUCCUGGUGAUUUGAAUAAUACGCUUCUUAAACCCAAUGGCACGGUCCUUACGUUUGGUUCCGACGCACCUCUGUGUGAGUCAAUGGCAUCUGUUUUGAAAAUUGCGGAUAAAACAAUGAGACAAGAUAGUUUCCGUAAGCCGGAAGAUAUAAUAAUCCCGGGUCCUUCAAGUAAUGAUGAUAACACAAAUAGACCGUCAGCAACGGGGCCCGCGUUCUGCCCACCAGGCUUUCCUGGCGCACCAUGGCCAUACCCGUGGCCCCCACAAAUGGGUCCUGCGUUCUGCACGCCGGGCUUUCCUAUGCCGUUCUACCCCGCAGCACCGUAUUGGGGUUGUGCUAUACCCGUACCAAGCCCAAGCUCUGGCCCAGGUUUGAGCCCGGGCCCAUGGAGUAUGCAGUGGGUUCCUCAUCCGUCGAGUUACCAUCCUGCCCCUCCGGUUACAUACGCCGCGUCUCCGUCCAGUCCGAUAUCCCCGACGUUGGGGAAACACUCACGGGCCGAGAACGGAGAAGAUGAAAUCAUAAAAGAAAACGAAGCGGAAAAAAGUCUAUGGGUUCCGAAAACGUUGCGGAUUGAUGACCCGGAAGAAGCUGCAAAAAGCUCGAUAUGGGCUACGUUGGGAAUCAAAAACGAUAGAACCACUAGCGGAAAUGGUGGAGGUGUGUUUAAGGCGUUCCAAUCCAAAAGCGAAGACAAAAGCCCGAUCAAAGAAGCGUCUCCCGCACUUCAAGCUAACCCUGCGGCAUUAUCUCGGUCGCUUAAUUUCCAAGAGAGCUCGUAAGUAAGUAAGUAACAAGUGGUUGAUUUUGCGAGAUUUUGUGGCAAUGGAAACCGCAAAGGUGUAUGUGUUGCAUGGAGAUGGGCUUCAGUGACAUGCAAAAAUGGGAAGCGAGGUAAGUUAAUUCCGUCCGUUGUAGUUUCCAUUGUUCCAAAGAGAUAGAGACAGUGUGUACUUUGAAUUCGAAAGUGUUCUUGAGUUUAGUGUACAUAUGUUAUAUGUGAAAUAGUGAAGAAGGUAGAACAGAUGGAGUGUGUGCAGUGAAAUAAGGUAACAAACGUUAAUCUUUAAUCUUAUUUUGGCCAUUGAAUGCGUUACUGCUAA